GGAACAGAAACUGAGACGAUGUCCGGACGUGGUAAAGGCGGGAAGGGUCUGGGGAAAGGGGGCGCCAAGCGCCACCGUAAAGUCUUGCGCGACAACAUCCAAGGUAUCACCAAGCCGGCUAUCCGCCGCUUGGCUCGCCGCGGGGGCGUGAAGCGCAUCUCCGGGCUGAUCUACGAGGAGACUCGCGGUGUUCUGAAGGUGUUCCUGGAGAACGUGAUCCGAGAUGCCGUGACUUACACCGAGCACGCCAAGAGGAAGACCGUCACUGCCAUGGACGUGGUGUACGCCUUGAAGCGCCAGGGCCGCACUCUGUACGGCUUUGGGGGUUAAAUAAUUUCUCUAAUAACAAAAUCCAACGGCCCUUUUAAGGGCCACCCACUUAUCCAAAAAAAGAGCUGUCUUUACUUUCAUUUCGUGUUAAGGCUGUAGACUUCACGUGUCUAUGUAGACUGGCAAUGGCAAACGUGAAAUCCCUGUAUGCUUGAGUUUUGGAGUAGUUCAGAAAGGUUUCUGAAAUUCGCAAUUGGUAGGUGGAAACAAUAUCUGCAGCUGCUACUGCUAUAUAUUCUGGUUUAGAUUCAUGAUAGAAUAAAGGUCCACUUCCCCUUCUAGAUACGUUGGCGUAGAG